AGUUGCAGUCCCUUGAGGGAGAGCACCAUGGAAGCCGGGGCAAGGUAUCCAUCCGUUUUUGUGGUGGACGGGCCGCAGAGGGAUGUCCCCUUCGUGCCCCCGGUGCGGAGGCAUCAGAAGACGUGGCCGUGUUGCCAGCUGAUCCUGGGGGUCCUGAUGCUGCUGAUACUGGCUGGCUUAGGCAUCCAAGGCUAUUUCUUGAUCUGCUUCCGCAAGGAACUGGACAGAGCUACAGCAGAGGAAAACGCUGAAGCCACCCAUGAGAAAUUCGUACAAGACCACAAACCUGCCCCUGAAAAGCCAGCUGCUCACCUGACAGGUGCUUCCUUCACUGCGUCUGGGAAUAGCACCCUGCAGUGGGAACACACGCUGGGCUUGGCCUUUCUCCAGGACAUGGGCUACAAAGGGGGUUCCCUGAUCUGCAACAAGCCUGGACACUACUACAUCUAUUCCAAGCUCUACUUGGGGAAUUCAGGCUGCCCACACAACGAGCAGAAGAAUAUGUGGGUUGUGCACAGCAUUUACAAGAGGACUCCUCGGUACCCAGAGGAUAGACCUCUGCUGAUCAACAACAUUCUCUACUGCAACUCGAAGGACAGCACAUUUUGGUGGCACAACAGCUUCCUGGCUGGGGUGGUACAGCUAGAGGAGAAUGAAGAAAUCUAUAUCAAGGUGUCAGAGAGACAGCUGGUGAGGAUCAAGGAUGAGUUCAAAUCCUAUUUUGGUGCCUUUAUGAUCUGAAGGAGAUUUGGGCUGUGUACAGACUAUGCAGCAAUGAGAAUGGCCCCCUCCUUAAACUGUUAAUGGCAGCAUUAGCGCCAGUCUUGUUUCAGUAGCUUGGUAAUUGUUCAAAUAUAACGAAAGAGGGGGGAGUUUUGCUGCAUGGCAGAUUGUCAUGUGGAGGGGUAGAAGCCUGUUGACUCUUUGGGGGAACAACAGCAGUAACCCAGAAGUGUUUGCUGUAUGGUUGGAUAGGAAACCCUGUUAAAAAGAAAUGGCUAUUAAAAAUAAGAAAAUAAUUCUUGGAAAAUAGUGGGAUGGGGAGUGGUUUGCCUUGCACUUCUUCUUCUUUAAAAGCUAUAUGAGUGCUUAUGUGGACAUGAUCGCAUCCUUUCACAUUCAACAAAAAAUAAUUAGUGUUACACAUCAUGAGCACUACCCAACAGGUGCCCACAACAGUCACACCAAAACAUCUGCCCAUCUACUUUAGUAGCACCAGUCAACAAGCUAGGGGCUGGUGCUGCACAUUUUCCAGAUUAGAACUCAACGUGUACUGAAAAAGCCUGCCAAAUCCCUUUGACCAGAAACUGUAGUGGGACACAAAUGAUGAACAUGUAGGAAACUGCCUUCAAGGCUCAGAAAAGUUACUUGUACACAGUGUUAGAGAUGGUGUACAGAAGACGAUGAAUUUUUACGUUUAGUCACUGGCAGCCUUCUUCUUCAACAAUGUACCCAGCACAAUGCAGAAUGUGAUUUGACAGUUUCACUGAUAUUGUUGCUCAACUUGAGGAGGCCCCCUAUGCUGGAGACUAUUGCUCAUGAUUGCAGUAAAAAGCAGAUGAAGCUAAUUUCAGAUAAUCUGACUCUUCAGUACUUUGAUCGGCACUGUCGCUUUAUGUCCUUAUGGCUUAUUUACCAUCUCCUCCUCCACCUCCAGUAUUCCAGAAGGGAUUGUGUAGAUUAUAUUUAGCUAUCACUUUAUGAGCUCCCUUCUAUGUGUAUGUAGUUUCUUUUUCUUUAACAGAGUCCUCACCUUAAGAUACAAUCAUGACAGCAGUACUAUAUUUAACUGUGGGACCAUGUUACUAAUUAAAAAUGAAGAUGAUUGAAAGCGAGGGUAGUCUUUCCUGGUAGUCCAGCCAAUCAGGGAUCAUGGGGUGAUGUCUGAUCAAGCCAAUCAGAUUUUGCUAUUACAGGUUUGCACAAAUCAGAUCCCGUGAUUUGAUUCGAGCUCAAAUUGAAUUGCAGAGUAAUCAAAUUGAUUCAUCGAAAACAGUUGGUUUGGACAGCUGUCUCAAUGAAUCACCCCCAAAUCACCCAAAUCAAUUUGGAUGAUUUGAGCACCAUUUUGAGGCCCAUUUUUCUGGGGAGAGCUGGAAAAACAGGCCUCAAAAUGGCACAGUUUUUCCAGGGAGAGCUGGUCUACCAAGUGGGGUCGGCGAGUAGACCAGCCCUCCACUCCGGACUUGGAGUAUCAGCAUAUCUUGGAGAACUGGUCUACUGGGUCCUCCAAGGUGGGCUGAUGUGCCAAGUUUGCAGUGGAGCACUAUCUACCUGCCUACCCCAAUUGGUAGACCAGCUCUCCCUUGAAAAAUGGGCCUCAAAAUGGUGGUUUUUGCAGGGACAGCUGGUCUACCAACUGAGGUCAGUGGGCAGACCAGCCCUCCGCUCCAGAUUUAGCAGGUCUGCUCGCCUUUGGUAGACUGGUCUACCAAAUCGAUUUGAGGUCAAAUCAAAUUGCACAUCACUGUUAGCUAUGUGAUGACAUUACAGAGGGCAAGUGAAGUCAAUUGUGAGUGACAGCAAGAAGGGACAAUCUAAAUGAAUGAGAAAUUUUUAUGACAGUGCUAAAACAUCACUGACAAAGGGGGGUGUUUUUUAACACUGCAGAAAACAUGCAGAAAACCCCAAACCAUUAGUAUUUGUUCAUCCUUAAUAAUAAAGGUAUGUCGUAAAACUAAACCACAUUGUAAUGGAUUUUCUGUCUGAUUAUUCUGAAUAGACUCACCAAAUGUUUCUGCCUUAUAGCUAUGACUGAUCAGGAUCUGAGAUUUGACAAAAGAAUGUUAACAGUCAACCAGAUUUUUUUUAAAAAGAAGUUAAUUUAUAGGAGUUUAACAAUAAAUAUAGGAGAUUGUUUCUAAUAUAUCUAGAAUGCUUGAUACAGGAAUAGCCAAUGGAGUUUAUGAAAGUCCUACACUACCUCCAGCUAAAGAGAAAGGGCUGCUGUUAAGAAGAGAUGUGUGUGUGUGUGUGUGUGUGUGUGUGUGUGUGUGUGUGUGUAUGUGAAGGAACAGAAGAAGUGACUGGGAACAGAGAGGAGAAAGAGCUGACUCCAUCCAGCCAUCAUUUUUCCUCCCAGAAUGCUCUUGUAUAUUGUAAAUAUGUUGCUUAUAUAUUUGUAAAUAUGAUAUUUUACCAUACUUUAGUAAAUACCAUACAUCUCCAAUAUGAUUUGAAAGAGGGAUAGUUGUUAACCAGUAGGUGUCCCAGACUAUACUGCAGGAAGUAAGUGGUAUAAGUUAGGACAAGAGUAUAUAAAGUGCAUAUACGUGUAAAUUGGCAUAAAUCAGGGUUGUUCAUAUUGCUGCUUUUUAUUACAGUGCAUUAUGUGUCUUCUUAGUUUGGCUCAUACACUCAGGAGAGUUCCCCUGAUCUAUGCUACCCAUUUCUGGCCAAUAGGGCUGUAAAGGAAGAGGAGGUGCUUCUCCUCUCAUUUUGGACUGGUACAUUCACCUGUGCCAAGGUAGUCAAGGAGUACCUGUGUGUGUGCACAUGCAUGGUGCCCACUGAUUCCCUCGAAAUGUCAUUUUCUUUUUUUAAAUGUUCUUGUGCAAAUACAACUGUGUAUUAAGUCAAUCUGAUGCCCCAACAACUGUCAUGGAGCACUAAAUCCAACCCAUACCAUACAAAUCCAAUACCUUACUUUGAUUUAUCUUUUCUUUUUUUAUUUACAAUAUGCUUCAUAAUAAAGGGAUAUUCCUGUUUAAAACCUAACAAA